AUGAUCCAAUACUUUGGACGAAUCCUCCCACUACGAGCUUCUCUGUUGAAAGGGCAAUUACGAAAACUGGGCUCUAAUGUAGAGGUUGGCCAGACGGUGACACAGACUCGUAUCUUCACUUCAGCGGACGUUGCUGAUUUUGCUCGCCUUACUGGGGAUUCGAACCCCUUACACAUAGACCCGAACUUCGCACGAGAUUCGGUUGCAUUUAAUGCUCCGAUAGUCCACGGUGCUCUUAUAAAUGGUUUCGUAUCUGGAAUUCUUGGUAUGACACUCCCAGGUCCCGGCACUGUCGCCUUUUCUCUGACCUUAAAGUUUCCAAACCCAUUAUACAUUAACGAGGCUGUUAAAGCCAAAAUUUCGAUCGAAUCCGUGAAAAAACGAUUCGUAGAAUGCGAUAUUGAAUGCACUGCAGACAGCAAAGCUGUAAUGACCGGCAGAGCUGUUGUUAUGGUUACCAAGUAG